CCAAACCUCACUCACUCAGCGCUGCUACCCGGACUUCCUUUCAAAACACCCUCAUGCAGCUCAUGACUGAGACGACUUUGAACAGUCUUAAACCGCUUUAAUCCAACCUGCAGUAGCCGACCGUGUGGCUGCAACGCUGAUUGACUAAAUGGCCUUGCUUUUGUUUGGAAGACGUUUGUUUAAAUGCAGCAAAGACGUCGGGAAGAUCAUGGAGGCAUCGCAGCUGUACUGCUCUUCAGCUUCCUCAGGCAAGCGGCGUGUUAACAGCGUUGAUCUGUACUACGAGCAAACAGGACAAGGGAAACAUGCUGUUCUUCUCCUUCCUGGUGCUCUGGGGAGCACAAAGACAGAUUUUGGUCCACAGCUGAAGUCUCUUAACAAAGAGUGUUUCACUGUGGUCGGUUGGGAUCCCCGUGGGUAUGGGCAAUCCCGUCCUCCAGAUCGAGACUUUCCUUCUGACUUUUUUGAGAGGGAUGCAAAGGAUGGAGUAGAUCUGAUGAAGACUCUAGGUUUUAAGAAAUUCUCUUUGCUGGGUUGGAGUGACGGGGGAAUCACUGCUAUGAUUGCAGCUGCAAGGAACCCUGAGCUGAUAAAUAAGAUGGUCGUCUGGGGAUCUAAUGUCUUCGUUACUGAAGAUGACCGCAAGCUUUACAAUAUGGUCCGUGAUGUCUCCAAGUGGAGUGCAAGAAUGAGGCAGCCCAUGGAGGAAGUGUAUGGAGCGGAAGCAUUUGCUAAAAUAUGGGAGAAUUGGGUGGAUGGCAUUGCUCAAUUUGCAAAGAGACCAGAAGGAAAUAUCUGCAUGGAACUUCUACCUCUUAUCAGUUGUCCCACCCUGAUCAUACAUGGAGAGAAAGACCCUAUGGUCCCCAGCUUCCACCCUCAUUACCUUCACAAAAACAUAAAAGCAUCACGGUUGCAUUUAAUGCCAGAGGGAAAGCAUAACCUCCAUCUGAAGUAUGCGGAGGAAUUCAACAAACUAGUCGAAGACUUCCUGAAAGACUGAGGCAGAUCAUUAGUUGUUUUGUAGCCUGCAAACACUAAUCUUCAUCUUGGAUACGUUUGUUUAAUUUUCUCAAAUUGUCUUCUUUUUUUUUGACAAAUAAAAAAAAUUAUUAAGUCUCAA